GAAGGUGUGUGGACCAGCACAUCUAUGAAUUCAUUGGGGUCAGUUUUGGGUUCAGUUUUGGGUUCAGUUUUGGGUUCAGUUUUGGGUUCAUCAGCCAAGCAUGUCUUUCAAAAGAGAAGGUGAUGACCAGAGUCAACUGAACGUUCUGAAGAAACGGCGUGUUGCAGACUUGCUGUCUAACUUCAUACCAGAAGACGAGGCUUCUUUACUGAAAAAUGGAAGGUAUUGCUGUUUGGUAUGUUCUCAUCGUCCCAUUUUCGAUACAGUGGACAUUCUGACUGUACACAGAAAAGGAAAGCGGCAUCUUGAAGGUAUAAAAUGGUUUUAUGGCAAAAAAACUCAGCUAAAACACGAGGUUGUUAAAAGACAACAUCAAGAAUAUGUUAAACAAGAAGAUAACCGACAGGAAGCCGGCAGUUCCGCACCUUUACUCACAGAGACACGAAAAAUCACCCAUCAUGCUUUACUGAGAGCCACUCCUUACAGCAGCUGCCAUAAGAAAGCCUGUGAAAGGACUGAAAACCCCUCAACUCAGCUGGAUCCAGACUUCCGGAGCCAUCAUGGUAACAACAGCAGGCCCAUUCAGAACGUUAUACCCACUGCUGAAAUAAAAAUCAGUAAAGAAACCAAACCUGUCUGUGGUCAGAGAACAAGUACAAGCCAGUGCCAGAAUGAAAUACUGAAAAGAAAAAAGGAAAGCGCCUCGGUUGCCGCUAACACUCUGGAGUCUGAGCCUCUCACAGAGCAGAGACGCAGAGAACUAGAGGAAUACCUGAAAUUAAAGAGUGCUGGAUGGAUACAGGAUCCCAGUGGAAAAUGGAUAAAGGAUGAAAACGUGGAGUUCGAUUCAGAUGAAGAAGAACCGGCCUCACUGUUACCAUCUAGUGAGGAUACAUAGUCACUGCAGCGAGUUCUGUGGCUGAAGAGUUCUACCUGCUUCCUCAAAACGACUUCCUGUUUUCAGUUUAACGUGCAGAAAAUACAGGAAAGCAAAAGGAACCGCAGAAGGAACGGCUAACCAGUGAGGAAGCUGGUUUCACAUGCAAAAAUGUUAAGUAUGUGUCUUACUGUUCACUAAGAACACAGUCAAAGUACCAACAAACAGGUCGUUAUGUUUGGGACAGGGUUUUUCAAGACAGUUUGGGACUGUCUUUCAAGCGACACAAACAACACAAAUGAUGCAUCUUCCACUCUCUGCUCUGCUCUGUACAAUCUGGUCCCACUGUGGUUUAGUAGGUGUAACAUCAAGCCUCCACAAGGGGGCAUUCGUGUACAAGUUAAUUUAAUUUUUUUUUUUUCUGCUACCCCUUUUGGCUUACAACCCUGUUUUAGGAUGCUGUUACCCUUAUUGAAAUACCAGAAUGUAUUAAUAUGGACGAAUAUAAAUUAAAACCAUCCUUUCAUCCAUCACAGAACUAUUUCAUAACCAGUCAGUUUUUUAUGUAAGCUCACAUUUAGUACCUGAUUAAUUACAGACAUUUUUUCAACUGUUACCAAAGCUGUCAAAUUAUAUCUGCAGUCAUGACAUUUAGUAGGUUGUCUAUCAGUCUCCCAAUCCACCACUCUACUGUGCUAAAAAAUAUGUUAAAUAGUGUACCACCAGAGGUAACACUGUGUAGUAUACAGUGGUGGGCAGUGGUAGGUUGGUGGUUAAGGUGGUUCAAUCCCACCUCCAAAUUGCCGAAUAACACACCAAGGAUGACAUAUAGACCAAGUCAUACACACAGGGUCAGAAUCGGCCUCACCAGAAUAACCCACCAAAACCUGAUAAAAGGAGAAAACAACCUGUGAAAUCUGCCAAACACCCAUUAUGAUAAAACACAUCCUGAUAUCACUGCUUAUGCACCUUAAAAAGGUACAGUCAAACCAGCCCGAUUUAUCUGGACACAGGAAAGUGUAGUUGGUGAAUAAUCUAGAUUAUCAAAUUGUUAAAUGUAUGUUAAUUAAUAAAUUUACAAUAAAUUAAUAAAAGAUGUGA